UGCGAGCGGGAGCGAGGGGCGCCGGCUCGGGGUGUGUGCGCCUGGGUGAGUGACACCGAGGGGCGGGCUGGCCGGCCGGCCGACGGGCGGGGGCAGCCUGCGAGGGGCGGGAGUGUCCCUGCGUGGAGCUGGCCGACUCAGAGUUGUGUCAGUGAAGGAAUCUAGCCCCGGGGGCCGAGCCGGCUGCGCCCUCCACCGCGAGCGCCGGCAGCGCGGGUCGAGCUCCGGACGGCGCGCGGCCCAGGCAACAGCUCCCGCCCCGCCCGCCCUCCGCGCCGCAGGGCAGCCACCGCCGCCGCGCCUCCCCGGGCGACUGCGCCCCUGAUCCCCGUUCCCCUGCCCGGGACGGAGCGGCUGGCCCUCCGCACAGAGAGCAUUCCAGACUGUAUCUGCUUUCAGAAAUAUCUCUGUGGAUCCCCAGGGCUUAUUCUACUAGAAGCAAGAUGGCUGAACUCAAUACUCAUGUGAAUGUCAAGGAAAAGAUCUAUGCAGUUCGAUCAGUUGUUCCCAACAAAAGCAAUAAUGAAAUAGUCCUGGUGCUACAACAGUUUGACUUUAAUGUAGAUAAAGCAGUGCAGGCCUUCGUGGAUGGCAGUGCAAUUCAAGUUCUUAAAGAAUGGAAUAUGACAGGAAAAAAGAAGAACAAUAAGAGAAAAAGAAGCAAGUCUAAGCAGCAUCAAGGCAACAAAGAAGCGAAAGACAAGGCAGAGAGGCCGGACGCAGGUCCCCUGCAGCCGCCGGCGGCGCCACAGAUACAGAAUGGCCACGUCAACGGCUGCGAGAAGGACAGCUCAUCCACUGACUCCGCCAGUGAAAAACCAGCUCCUGCCCCUCGUGAGAAAAAGAUCUCGAUACUCGAGGAACCUUCAAAGGCACUCCGUGGGGUCACAGAAGGCAACAGACCACUGCAACAGAAACUAUCCUUAGAUGGGAGCCCCAAAUCUAUACAUGGAACACCCGAGAGGUCAGAUGGCCUACAGUGGUCAGCUGAGCAGCCUUGUCACCCAAGCAAGCCUAAGGCAAAAACUUCUCCUGUUAAGUCCAAUGCCCCCGCAGCUCAUCUUGAAAUAAAGCCAGAUGAGCUGGCAAAGAAAAGAGGCCCAAAUAUUGAGAAAUCGGUGAAGGAUUUACAGCGCUGCACUGUGUCUCUAACUAGAUAUCGCGUCAUGAUCAAGGAAGAAGUGGAUAGUUCAGUGAAGAAGAUCAAAGCUGCCUUUGCUGAAUUACACAACUGCAUCAUUGACAAAGAAGUUUCAUUAAUGGCAGAAAUGGAUAAAGUUAAAGAAGAAGCCAUGGAAAUCCUGACGGCUCGUCAAAAGAAAGCAGAAGAACUAAAGAGACUUACUGAUCUAGCCAGUCAGAUGGCAGAGAUGCAGCUGGCCGAACUCAGGGCAGAAAUUAAGCACUUUGUCAGCGAGCGUAAAUAUGAUGAAGAGCUCGGGAAAGCUGCCCGGUUCUCCUGUGACAUUGAACAGCUAAAGGCCCAAAUCAUGCUCUGCGGAGAAAUUACACAUCCAAAGAACAACUAUUCUUCAAGAACUCCCUGCAGCUCCCUGCUGCCGCUGCUGAACGCUCACGCAACCACCUCUGGAAAACAGAGUAACUUCACCCGAAAAUCAUCCAGUCACACCAAACCCUCCGAGGGGAAAGCAGCAAACCCCAAAAUGGCGAGCAACCUUCCCAGCACUGCGGACAGCUCUCACCAGACCGCACCGGCUAAUAAGCAGAAUGGAUCUGCUAGUCAACGACGAAGAUUUAAUCCGCAGUAUCACAACAACAGGCUGAACGGAUCUGCCAAGCCACAGGGCAGUGGUAACGACAACGACCCGAUGGGGAAAGGCAACAACCGCCACGAACACAGAAGACAGCCACACAACGGCUUCCGUCCCAAAAACAAGGGCGGCGCCAAAAACCAAGAAGCCUCUUUGGGGACAAAGACCCCCGAGGCCCCGGCCCAUCCGGAAAAGCCCCGGCGAAGGCAGCACGCUGCAGACAACUCGGAAGCCAGGCCUUUCCGGGGAAACGUCUCCAGGGUUUCACAGUGCAAUCUCUGCCCCACGAGAAUAGAAGUUUCCACGGAGGCUGCCGUCCUCUCUGUCCCAGCUGUGACAUUGGUGGCCUGAGCUCGGAGAGAAAAAAAAGGAAAGAAAGAAAAGCAGUUUUCACUCAGUUUUGGAUCCCCGCCCGAGGUGCUGACCCAGUUCGCUGCCAAAAGAGAGUCAGUCUGAAUCUACAAACCCUGUACGGCUGUGGCAUCCUGUCUUAAUCAUUUUUACUAAUUCUAAUAAUCAGCUCUAGCUUGCUUCAUAUCUUCCAUGGCUUUGCUUGAUCUGUUGGCGCUUUUUCUCAUCAGGACAUUGCAGCAUUUUAGCCAGGCAGUAUUUACUCAUUUGUUAGGAAAAUGGAGGUUGUGGCUACAGAUCAGAGGCUCAGUAGCAACCUAUGUUGUAGCAGUGACGUCAAUCCAUUGAUCGUCUUUAGAGAG